GAUCAGACAUGGCCCAGAACUUGAAGGACUUGGCGGGACGGCUGCCCGCCGGGCCCCGGGGCAUGGGCACGGCCCUGAAGCUGUUGCUGGGGGCCGGCGCUGUGGCCUACGGUGUGCGCGAAUCCGUGUUCACCGUGGAAGGCGGGCACAGAGCCAUCUUCUUCAAUCGGAUCGGUGGAGUGCAGCAGGACACUAUCCUGGCCGAGGGCCUUCACUUCAGGAUCCCUUGGUUCCAGUACCCCAUUAUCUAUGACAUUCGGGCCAGACCUCGAAAAAUCUCCUCCCCUACAGGCUCCAAAGACCUACAGAUGGUGAAUAUCUCCCUGCGAGUGUUGUCUCGACCGAAUGCUCAGGAGCUUCCUAGCAUGUACCAGCGCCUAGGGCUGGACUAUGAGGAACGAGUGUUGCCGUCCAUUGUCAACGAGGUGCUCAAGAGUGUGGUGGCCAAGUUCAAUGCCUCGCAGCUGAUCACCCAGCGGGCCCAGGUAUCCCUGUUGAUCCGCCGGGAGCUGACAGAGAGGGCCAAGGACUUCAGCCUCAUCCUGGAUGAUGUGGCCAUCACAGAGCUGAGCUUUAGCCGAGAGUACACAGCUGCUGUAGAAGCCAAACAAGUGGCCCAGCAGGAGGCCCAGCGGGCCCAAUUCUUGGUAGAAAAAGCAAAGCAGGAACAGCGGCAGAAGAUUGUGCAGGCUGAGGGUGAGGCCGAGGCUGCCAAGAUGCUUGGAGAAGCACUGAGCAAGAACCCUGGCUACAUCAAACUUCGCAAGAUUCGAGCAGCCCAGAAUAUCUCCAAGACGAUCGCCACAUCACAGAAUCGUAUCUAUCUCACGGCUGACAACCUUGUGCUGAACCUACAGGAUGAAAGUUUCACCAGGUGAGAGAUGUGACCGCGCAGUGGGGUAUCACAAAGAACAUGGGACUUGAGCCUGGUUGCUUGGGCUCUGGAGCCUGCUACAGCUAUUCAUAUGGCUCUGAGAGACAUUGAACCAAAAUUAGAAAAAGGGGUGGUUGACAGUUUCUAUCUUGCAUCUCAUAGGAUUGAUUUUAUGAGAUCAAAUAGGAUUAUUCACAUAAAAAGCACUUUAAUUAUAAAGUUUUCGUCUAACCAAAAAGUGAUGAAAGAUGAUACUCAGUUUUCUUACUCAAGAGCCCUCAAACUCCUCUGGUGCAUGGAGGGAUGUUAGGAAAGGAGAUGAGAAAUAGCAGUGGCCAUAAGAACAUGCCUCCUCCUUUCAUGAGCCUGAGAUUCCUGGCGGUCAACCCUGUUUGUCUUUUCUCCUGGGAGCAAAGGAGGGUUCAAAGCUGAGUGGGGCCUGAAGCUGUCAAUUAACGUGUGCAUUUCUCUUCUGUUUCUUGUUCAUCUGGCGAUCUGGCACCACAGAGGAAGGUAAGUUGUUGCUGCUUCUGUGGGUUCCUGCAGGCCACCUUCUCCCAGUACCUGCCCCCUACCCUACCCCUUUCCCACCUCCCCACAGACAAACCCUCAAUCAGGGUAGGAGAGGGAAUGGCCUAGAGUGUCCUGCCUCUCACAUUUAUGUCCCCUAAUAGUGUCAUUAUCUAUCUUUUUUUCUACAGUGACAGCCUCAUCAAGGGUAAGAAAUGAGCCUAGUCACCAAGAACUCCACCCCCAGAGGAAGUGGAUCUGCUUCUCCAGUUUUUGAGGAGCCAGCCAGGGGUCCAGCACAGCCCUACCCCGCCCCAAUAUCAUGCGAUGGUCCCCCACACUGGUUCCCUGAACCCCUCUUGGAUUAAGGAAGACUGAAGACUAGCCCCUUUUCUGGGGAAUUACUUUCCUCCUCCCUGUGUUAACUGGGGCUGUUGGGACAGUGCGUGAUUUCUCAGUGAUUUCCUACAGUGUUGUUCCCUCCCUCAAGGCUGGGAGGAGAUAACCACCAACCCAGGAAUUCUCAAUAAAUUUUUAUUACUUAACCCGAA